AAGUGUAGCCUACAUCAGCUAAAAAGGUCUCUUUGGACAAAGGGAAGCAGUGAAAUUUACAAGAUUUCUCCCAAUUCAUAUUCUUUUGCUCGUUUAAGACUUGGAUUACAUGUUUUGAAUACUAACUGACACGCUAUCCCACCCCUUAUUAAUGCCAUUAUUAGAGGAUCCGAAGAUGGAGCUGAAAACAUUCCUCCUGCCCCUGCGUUUAGGCCUGUUAACUGCAUUUCACCAAAGUGCUGAGGUUUGGCGAACGGCAUGGACAGUCAUCCCGUCUGCGGCUCGGCGGAGAAGCGGACCUGGAGAAGUUACAAGUUGAUUAUCGACCCGGCGCUGAAGAAGGGACCCCGCAAACUGUACCGCUACGAUGGACAGCCCAACCCCGGGAUGCCACCGGUGGACAUCGUCCGAGACCCGAGGAUCGGUCGUCUCUGGACCAAGUACAAAGAAACGGACCUACCGGUGCCGAAAUUCAAGAUCGAUGAGUGUUACAUCGGCCCUGUGCCUCCAAAGGAGGUGACGUUCGCCCGGCUGAACGACAACAUUAGGGAAGGAUUUCUUAACGACAUGUGCAAAAAAUUCGGCGAAAUCGAGGAGGUGGAGAUUUUGUACAAUCCGAAGAACAAAAAGCAUCUGGGAAUUGCCAAAGUUGUUUUUGAGAACGUGAAAUCCGCCAAGGUUGCCGUGCAGUCGCUGCACAAGACAUCUGUUAUGGGAAACUUUAUCCACGUGGAGCUGGACCCCAAAGGUGAGAAUCGCCUCAGGUACUUUCAGCUCCUGAUGAAUGGCAGCUACACUCCCCUGACCCUGCCUGUUGGUGGAGAGGAAGCCAGAGAAGUUUCCCCUCGUAGCCUGGCAGAAGCCUUACUGGCCUGCGAGCCCAUCCGCAGGUUGUCAGAGAGCGGCAUGUCAGCUGUUGGAGGAACAUUGCCACCCAGCAGCUCCACCACUCCUCUGUCCCUGGAGACGGGCUAUUCCAGCCUAAGGCAGGACACACCCCAGUCCCAGGGAACCCCCCAUACCCCACGCCAGACCGGUACGCCCUUCUCUCAAGACUCCAACUUCUCCAGUCGGCAGUCAACACCUGCGUACCAGUCCAGCCGGGCCGAGAGCUCCGGAGGUUACAAAUCUCGCAGACACGAGAGUAAAUUCCAGGAUGCAUACAACCGCAGACCAGAGAGGCCUCAGUACCGCAGCAACAUACCGUACCGAGGCACGUCGUCGGAACAAACUCCCUUCAAGCAGCACCAACUCACCCCACCUGAACCUCCGCCCUCCACCCCCUCAUUCACUUAUACAGCUCCUCCCCCUGCUACGCCCAACUUCAAAUCCGCCUUCUCGCCCUACCAGGCUCCUUUGCCCCCUGCGUUUCCCCCGUCAGAACCAGCUUUCCAUCACCCAGCCCAAAGGGAGGGUGAGUACCUCCGACCCCCGCAGCCGCCUGACUUGGCCACUGACUUUUUGCCCGUCAAGGAGAGACCAGAAACUCCUCCGAUCCCAGAGCCCCCGCCAGAGCCAGUGCACCACCCGACCACCCCUCCUCCCCAAACACCAGAGCACUGCCCCUCACCUGGCUCCCCAACGCUUGAUCCAGAGCGCAAUAGCCUGGACUCCCGCAUUGAGAUGCUCCUCAAGGAGAAAAGGACAAAACUGUUGCCAUUCCUUGAGGAGCGAGACUCGGACACUGAGGUGCGAAUGGAGGGAAGUCCAAUUUCCUCCUCUUCCUCUCAGCUAUCCCCUAUUCCCCCUUUCACAAGCGGCUCCCAAGGUGGCCAGCAAAACUCCCGUCCCUCGAGCACGGGCUUGGAGGACAUCAGUCCGACCCCACUGCCAGACUCGGAAGAUGAAGAGCCAAUUCCCGGAACUGCCUCCCUGAUCAAGAGAAUCAGUUCUCCUGUCCAGAAGAUGAGCAACAGUGACCUCAAAGAUGGACAUUUUCGUGGCCACACUCCCACUGAUAAAAUGGAAACGAGUCAUCAGUCGUCAGGAGAAGACAUGGAAAUCUCCGACGAUGAGAUGCCCGGGACUCCAAUCACCAGUGGAGAAUGUGGCAAGGGCAUCGUCAUAAACUCUGCGGUGUCCCCGAUGCAGACCAUCGCCAUGCCUCCCCCCGGCUUCCCCCCUCUCCCGCACCAGGCCGGCUUCCCCAUCUCACAUCACCACCUGGCCCACUCUGCCGUCCCUCACCUGGCCGGUCAUCCCGGAGUGCCUCACCAUAUGCUGCAACACAUGGGCCCCUCCCCUUAUAGCAUGAUGCCACUGGUGCAAAUGGAGCUGAUGAACUGCUUGCGGUGGGAACAGUGGAGCACGGUUCCCAUGUCCUUCCAGAUGCAGCAGCAGAUGCUGAGUCGCAUGGCUCAGACCAGAGGGCCCUAUCAAUAUCCACAUUUUAUAGACAGUGGUGUAACUGGGCCAUAUGGGGGACCCUACCAACCUCUGUCCAUGGGUGCUGCUACGCCUUCUAGCGGAGGAGCGGCGGCACCCGGACAACAAUGGCAGCAUCCCAGUAUACCAAAGUUCAACCCUACUGUUCCUCCUCCUGGGUAUGAGACUAAAAAGGAGGAUCCCCACAAGGCCACUGUGGACGGUGUGCUGCAGGUCAUCGUCAAGGAGCUGAAGGCCAUCAUGAAGAGGGACCUCAACCGCAAGAUGGUGGAGGUGGUGGCUUUCAGAGCCUUCGAUGAGUGGUGGGAAAAGAAGGAACACUCCGCAAAGACAUCUUUGACUCCAGUGAAGGGUGCUGAGGGGAAGGAAGAAGAAAGACCCAAACCCAAAGAGACGAUGGGUUCAAGUCUGCUGGAGAACUGGAACAAGGGCGAGGGGCUGGGCUACGAGGGAAUGGGCCUGGGAAUCGGUUUGCGAGGGGCCAUACGCCUGCCCUCCUUCAAGGUGAAAAGGAAGGACCCGCCUGAGGCUGCAACAGCAGGGGACAACAAACGAGCCCGACCCUCCACUCUAGUGGAUGACGAGCUGGAGGAUGAAGACCGGGAUCGAGACCCAGCUGAGCUCCCGUCGGACGAUUCCAAAAUGGACGCAGACGCCGCCUCGGCGAAGAGACGGCACUCGCGGCCACUCGAACUGGACAGCGAGGGAGAGGAGGAGGGGGACACGUCAGGAAAGGAAGAGUCAUUGUCCGACAGGGAGGAGGAGCCUGAUGAAACGGAGCCUGCAGAGCGACUGUCGUCAGGCAAAGAGAGUGGCGAUGAGGAGGGUGAUGAUGAAGACUCAUCCAGCGGGAGUGCUUCCUCAGAUUCAUCUGAUGAUGAAGCUGAAAGUUCAUCUUCCUCUAAGGCCAGCUCAGACUCGUCAUCAGAAAGCGCAGACUCCUCUGAGUACGAGUUAAGCUCCGAAGAGGAGGAGGAUGAGGAGGAGAGAGAGGAGGGUGCAGCACAAGAGGUGGAGGUCGAAGGCAAAGCGACCUCUACAUCCUCUUCAUCCUCAUCAUCUUCGUCUUCUGAUGAAGAGGAGGUGAAGGCAGAGACCAAGCCACCGAGCCCUCCUGUAGGACCGGUCCCAGAGGAUAAGGAGGACAAGAGGAGCAGGGAGGAGCUAAGCAGCAAGCUGAAACGCAGACCUCCUAGUCCUGUGGAGGAGGUGAAGGAGGACCUGAAGCCGCCAUCACCCAAAGGCGUCCCAGUCAAAGUGAAAGACACCAGUGUAGACGGUAACAUUCCUGUAGUGAAGUCUGAACCCAAGGAGCAUGUAGCAAACCUCCGGCCACCCACUCCCACAGGCGCCCUGCCCGACAGUGACCAGGACACCAAAGCCAAAGGUAAAGCAGAGCCAGAGGAAGUACCCUGCACCCCCGGUCGAUUAGCCCCACCCCAUGUAGAUGCAACACCCGUCCCCAAAUCUGUCUCCACAUCUUUAAUGCACCUCCCUCUCCCUCCUCACCCGGCAUUAGAAGGUCGUUCCCUCCUUCAUCCACCCCCUGGUCCCCUGCCUGACCUCCCUCAGCGGACCAGGCUCCCCACAGAUGAGGAUAUCCCCCGCACGCCGGGCAGGGACCUCAUGGAGCGUGCCCGAAGUCUGGGCAAGUCCCAGAGCACGGACACGGUGCCCAACACACCGGGUAGUGACGCCCCGCUGACAGGCAGCAGCCUGUUGCUCAGCUCCCCUCACAUCCCUGGCAGCCCAUUUUCUUACCCUUCACAAUCCCCUGUGCUUAGCGCUGGAGUCCCCCGCACUCCAGGAAGAGACUUAACCUUCACCCCUGUCUUCCCUGACCCCGCAGCACUGACGCUUAAUAGAAAAAUAUCCUCUGAAAGCCUGGAUGAUAGACCUGUUUUUAAGGAGCCACCUAUCAGCGCUCUGCCGAACCAGGCCCUGUCAGCCGGAGCAGAGAAUUCAGCCAGUGUCCCUGAAGAUCUGCCCGCUGGUCUCACUGUAGACGUCCCUGUCACCUCAGAUACCACCCCGUCAAAGAGGAAACCUGGACGACCUAAAGGCAAAAAGACCCCAGCUGCCUCUGCGGCCGAUGACUCUUUGGAGGUGUCAUCUGAGUCCACCAUUCUGCCUCCCGACACACAGCCCGGCGAUCUAUCCACGCAAACGAUAUCUGCCAAGUCCCCCGACCACCAGAACCUGGACUUCCGGGAAGAGAGAGAUGUGAAGCCUCAGAUGGUCAUGCUCGCAGAAGACGGCUUCCAGUCGUAUGAAGACGAGGCACCGGUGGCCGUGAAGCCUACGCGGAGGGUGCGGCGAGGCUGGGAGGAGCUGCUGCUGGGCAGCCUGUCCCCUGUCACAUCACCUCCCCGGCCGUACUUCAACCGGCGCUCCGAGUUUGAGGAGAUGACCAUCCUGUAUGACAUCUGGAAUGAAGGCAUAGACGACGAGGACAUCCGGCUUCUGCAGAUCACUUAUGACAAGAUGCUUCAGCAGGAUAACGGCAACGACUGGCUCAACGACACACUCUGGGUCAACCAUCCUCCUACCAACAUUCCCAGCGUGAAGAAAAAGAGAAGAGAUGACGGCAUGAGAGAUCACAUGACCGGCUGCGCGCGAAGCGAGGGAUACUACAAGAUCGACAAGAAGGACAAGAUCAAGUACCUUCAGAGCACAAAGCUGCAGUCAGAGGAGCCGCCAGUCGACACACAGGGUAUGAGUAUUCCUGCACAGGUCCACGCCUCCACCAGAGCUGGCUCGGAGCGACGGUCGGAGCAGCGGCGCUUGAUGUCCUCGUUCGCAUGUGACAGUGACCUGCUGAAGUUCAACCAGCUGAAGUUCCGUAAGAAAAAGAUCAGAUUCUGCAGGUCGCACAUCCACGACUGGGGUCUGUUUGCAAUGGAGCCCAUCGCUGCAGAUGAAAUGGUGAUCGAGUAUGUGGGACAAAACAUCAGACAGGUGAUUGCAGACAUGAGGGAGAAGCGCUACGAGGAGGAGGGCAUCGGCAGUAGCUACAUGUUCCGCGUCGACCAUGACACCAUCAUAGACGCCACCAAGUGUGGCAACUUCGCCCGCUUCAUCAACCACAGCUGCAAUCCCAACUGUUAUGCGAAGGUCAUCACAGUGGAAUCUCAGAAGAAGAUCGUGAUCUACUCCAGACAGCCCAUCAACGUCAACGAGGAGAUCACCUACGACUACAAGUUCCCCAUCGAGGAUGUGAAGAUCCCCUGUUUGUGUGGGGCAGAGAACUGUAGGGGAACGCUGAAUUAACAUCCACGUGAGGUAAUUAGUCUCCAUGGUGUUAAAGUGCUUUUCCUUAAGUUUCAUCCAAGUUUCACAGACACGCACACGUGAGACUCUGGGCGAGGACGAACCGAAGAGGGAAGGUUUUAGUUUGGAGCGAGGAGAAGGAACCCUGCAGCCCUCUUCACAUAUUUAACUCUAGAUUGUUUACGAUUUAUGGUGCUCUUGAAAUGAAAAACGCAUAGUUUUUUAUGUCUGCCAGUGACCCAGAAUUUACUUAAACACUUGACUUGCUGUUGCAGCAUUUCCUCCUCUUUAACGUCGGACAGUAUUUCAAGCAUGGCUCCUCCCACAUCCAGUCCUGGUUUUUUACAGUUUUUUCCCUCUCAUUUGUUUCAUAAGCUUUACGUACACCACACGUGGUACAAAAAAAAACCCAACACAUGUUCAGCUGCUUAAUAAGACUGAGACGCACAAGCCCGGCCAGGAAAAUAAAAGUCCUCUCUGUGGAAGAAGACGUGGUCGGGCCCCUGAGCAGAUGGGAUGAUGGCGGAGUGUCGCGGCCCGCUACUGGACUGCAACCCUGCUUUUUCGCGCCUACCUCCUCUGCACCAGUUUUUCUUGGACAUAAAUCAAACUGAUAAAAAAGAAAUUCAAGCAAAACAAAUGGUUAAUUCCUGCCACAAAAUCUGGAAUAUUUGGAUAUCACGCCUGCUCUCACCAGCCAAUGACGGAUCAUGCUGCUUCCUAUUAGUUUAUGCAAAAAAAAAGAAAAAAGUUAAAGAUGACGUGCAAAAUUUGUAUUUAUGAUAUUCCAGUGUUUUCCAGUUUUGUUAAGGUAGUUCUCCUCUUGCUUGUUUCUUUAAAGACACUAUAUUUGUGUGUGAAUGUGUGAGAGAAUUUAUCAUUCACAUUAGUGUGUGAAUGUGAGUGCACUGCCCCCUGUAGGCCGCAGCCGAGAAGGCCGCCCAAUCAUGCAGAGCAAGAAAAUGAAAAAUGUAACCGACUCCUGUCGACACCCACCGGGCAGCAUUUGAAAAUACUUGUCAAACUGAGUUUUCAGAUUAUGAAGAAAUAGUUAUUUCUUAUUUUAAGUGCCAUAUGAAUGUGUAACUGUCUUUGUUUAACCUGAGCAGGCUGCCGACGGACAUUAAUGUCUGUUUUUUCUCAGCUGGAGCUGUGUUAACAUGCAUGUGCAAAGAAUCGCUGCCUAUUUUUUCACCGCUGUGGGUGUUUGAUGAUGAUGUUUCUUCAUCUGUACCUGGGAUGACCGUCUUGUGUUUGUGUCCUCUUUGACUAAAACACUCAUUACUCAACCAGUGUUCAAUGUUUCCUGCGAAACAGAAGUGUUUCUACGACUGCGCGGUUGUUCUUUCUUUAUAACCGCAUUAAGAUAAAAAGAAUAUUUGUGAAUGCACUCGAGGCUUGCACUUCUGCUCUACGCCCCCUCUUAGCCAAUCAUUUCCCCCCCUUCAAGACCAAGUCAGUCAUUGCUUUUCAUUCAUUUGGAUUAUGGAGAUUUCCUUUUUUUUCCCACCAGUGAUGUUUAUAUUGUAAAUGAUUACUUGUAUAGAAGAUCUAAAGCUUUUUUAUCUUCACAGGGGUAACACUUUUAAGAUGCAUCUUUCUCUCUCUUUUUUUUUUUAAACAAAAGACUGAGUAUUUAAAAUAUUUUCAGGGAUCUGUAAAAGGAAAUCUGAGGGUUUAAAAGGUUGUUUAUUUAAAGAAAAAGGUCCACUGUGUACAGGAAAAGUCUCCACCUCCCUUUUUGAAAGAUUGUUUCUUGUAGAAACGUCUUCAUUUUCUGCCCAUUUGCUUUGUAAUCCUAAAAUGUGUAAAUACUGUAACUGUGAAUACUAUAUAAAUAUAUAUAUAUUUUUGUUCCCCAGGAUUUGCUACGCGAUCACAGCUCAGAGAUCUAUGUAACAUAUGAGGCGAGCGAUGAGCUGGUAGCAGGAAAUUCAGCUUGUGUCAAGCUUUGUUUUUUUUUUUAUUUUCUGUUGUAAAUUCUAUGAAAAGUUGUUUGCGGUGUGGAGAAAAAAAACAAAAAGGUGCAGAAUCGGCAUGGGAAGAGGAUUGAAGCAUCAGCCUGUUUCUCAUGUCUAUUUAUUACACAACAAAUGUAUGAAAAAGGAAAAAUGGAAAUAAAGCAAUUUUGCAUACAUCCAUAAACUGUUUUUUUUAUUGGGCAUGAAGCUCGCGAUAUCGGAGAUGAAAUAAAGUUAAAUGCUAACGUGGACCAUAUACACUUACUUUUUCCACCAGCACUAUUAAUGAUAAAGGAUAUGUUCAAUAAAGACAUUAAAUGUUCUUAUUGUGUGGUAUUAGAUUAAGCAGAUUAUGUUUUUUGAUACUUGGGACUUCAAAUCAAAACACUUUAUGACAAAAAAAUGCAGAAAAUGAAAUACUUUCAAAGGGUUCACAUGCUUUUUCUUGCCAAUGUACAUUGAUGGAUCAUCUGAAAUAAAUGCUCAGUCCUACUGA